UCUCUCUCGAACGUUUUCAGAUUUCCUGUGAUUGUAAUACCGCGGCGAUCGCGAAAAAAAAUCGUAGAAUGGACGACGGGAUUAUGAGAGUAGACCCAAUGGAUCUACAGAUGGACGACGACGAUUUCAACGUUUCCCAAGAAUUUCUUCAGCAAGUGGAUCAACUGGCAACGCAAUACUAUGAGACGACUAUUGUAACGAAAAAAAGACGGGUUAGUGAAGAGCCCGAGACGAACUACAAGAACGAGUUCCUGGCGAAAGAUGGAGAAGCUAAGUUGUUGCGCGCGGAAGUGCAGAAGUUGAGAGAAGAGCUUGUUCGAAAAGAUAAAGCCGUUCUCUUUGAGAAGAAUGAGAAACUUCGUCAAAUGGAAGAUUUCUGCAAAAGAAGCAGACUCGUGGAGUUUCAACACCGAGAUAUAGUUCGGAAAAUGAAAGCCAAUAUGGGAUAUCAGGAACGGAAGGCGCAGGAAGCUCUUAAUGAAAGUCGACUGGCUGUAACCAGUGAGAAAACGAGUGUUCCAGUUGUGUCGAAGAAAAUAUUGAAGCACGAAGCCGUCCAAACGUCUGCCGCAAAUUUCAGAAACGUCCGAGAAUCAAGAGGAAAAUUGACUUCUGAAAAUGUGGACCUGCUCAAAUCGUUCUGGCCAUGGAAACCCUCGGCGGAUUUGAGACAUGCUUUGGUUACCAGUGCGAUCGGAAACGAUCGUCAGCCUCAUGCUAUCGUUCACCAAAAUCUGGAAACUGCAUUGAGUUUGCUGGUUGAGCUCUCCUCGGAUCCACGUCAGUUCUCUUCAAAUCGUGGUCUCCUGCAACUAGAAGACGCCGAAAGCUUGGCCAAGGCCUUUUCCGUGAAACGACCGAGAUGCGUCAGCGAGGAGCUUGUUUACAAGUGCCUCUUGCUCGAAACCCGAUGUCGUGAUUAUAAAGUUUCGCGCCAACAUCGCUUUAUUGCCGGCAAACUUAGUGAGGAGGUGCUGUGUAUGCAUCUGAGAAUAGCAGAAAAGCUGAAUAGCGCUUUAACGAAUGCUGUAAUUGCAAUGGCUUCUAAUUGGAUAUUGGAGAGAGAUUCAUCAUCGAUGUGUAUUUUGGGGUUUUCCACUUUGGAAGUGCUGCUUCUGUCCGAAGUCGCUCAUUCAGGGAACUGCACGAACCCUCGUCAAGCCGAGGAAAGUCUUGAAUGCAUAUUCAGCACCGCGCUUUUGAACGCGUGUAAAGACGAGGCGUGGACGGGGCGAGCUUUGAAGUUCCUCAUGGCAGGAGUUUCGGGUCACGGCGAGACGCGCACCGCGAGCGAAUCUUCUGGCGUGUGUCGAGUCGCCUUGGCCGCCGCGGAGUUCGGGGUGGAACUCAUCUCCGCCACGUUGGACCAGCAUUGUGAUGAUAAGAGUUUCGUGGGAAACUGCGUGCGAUUUCUGGAGCUGAUUACGGUCGGCAGAGACUUGAUUGGAUCAUAUUUGAAAGUUGGCGGCAUUGUCGAGGUGAUAAAAAUGCGGUUGAAAAGUCUGGGAGUCGGUCCCGGGAUCGGCGAGGAAUCGACGCCGACGGAUGAUGCUCAUCAGGAUGAUGAAGUGUUGAGGAAGAUGGACACCCUGCGGAAGAUGAUGCCGUCCAACGCCUGUGACCCAAGGUCGCUCACUUUGGACACCCGGGCCCGAGCCGACAGUACGAAGCAACCGUCGCGACGGGACAAGUUUCGGUCGUUGUACUGGAAGAACUCAUUGCGUAGGAAGCAUCGGGAUGCCCAACGUGCUAGAAGUGUCGACACCGUGGAUCGAGUAAUAGUGCCGGAAAACCCCGAAACCUACAUGAUGGAGUACCUGCAAAAUGUGACAGUGGGGGACGAAACGGCAAUGAUGGACGAGCUAAAAAGCAUGGCCGAGCCUUUGACUCUUCGACGUCGAGUGAAACGAACCCUGUCUCAACAAGCAGGCAGACAGAAAAGAAAAGCCAAAUCGAUCCCGCUUUGUAGUCUGAUGAAGUACAGCAUUUCCAUGGGCUUUCGACGAUUUGGGCUUGGGUUGAGAGAAAGCAUGCGGGACUGGCAGUUGUGGAACAGCUCGCUCAAAACUAUUGAAGGAAAUUUCGGCACUGGGAUCGGGAGUUACUUCAGGUUUCUUCGCUCUUUGCUGUUGAUGGACGCCGUUGUUGGCUUGCUUGUAUUGGCGUUCGUGAUUAUACCUCACUGGCUCGCUAUGGCGAAUCCAGAAGCUUCUCAGGAGAUCGCAAUAAAUGCGACAGAUGUAGUGUUCAGAGAAAAACCUGUGUGGAACGUGUUCUAUCGGAAUGAAUUAGGGAUGUCGAAUAAGAGCCAGGAGGAUUUCCGUCUCCAGGAUUUGGUAACUGGCGAGAAAAUGUUCAUGCCAUCCUCCGUUUUUGCUGUUUUUGACUGGAACAUCUUCGGUAUGGUUUCGCAGGGUUAUUUGAGGGAUUCGUUUUUGUUCUACGGCACUUACACCGAUAAAAUUCUGACCCUGUACCAGAAUCGGGAUUAUUACCUGCCCCAUGCUUAUUUCUUUGCUUUGGUUGUGGGAAUGAUGUUGGCGAUUGCAAUCAUAUCCAGAGCGACGGCUUCUUCAUUUCGUCAGAACUUCAUCGCGAGGAGUGGGAAUCGGUUGGCUGUCGUCAGUCUUGUUCUAUGUGGCUGGGAUUUCAAUGUUACCUCCAAGGCAUCUGCUAGAUUUCGCUCAAAAUUCAUCAGGAAAGAUUUGCAAGAGUUCGCAGAAACGCUGACGAAAAAUGUAGAACGAUGGACAUGGAGAAGAAUUGGCUUUAUGGCAUUGACGAAUGCUGCUGUGAUUCUGAUCGUUGGUGGAUUAGUUGUUGGUUUUUUCUUCAUGCUCAAUUCCGGUUCUGUCGAUACGGGAACGCCGCAGGACAGAGACGCAUUGCAUUUAUAUGGUGUCCCGAUUCUGGCGUCUACUGUGAUGUUUGUGCUCCCCAUGGUGUUCUCAGUGCUGGCCGAACACGAAGGUUACUCGAAUCCUCGAAGUCAGCUUUAUGUCACACUUAUCAGAUCAUUCCUGUUGCAAUGUGCCGUCCUGGCAACGGUCGCUUAUUAUUGCGUAAAUUUAUCGAAGAAGGAAGAAGUUGAGUGCUGGGAGACUACAUUCGGAAGCAUGGUGUACAGACUUGUAAUGAUGGAUUUUUUGCUCGUUGUGUUGCUUGGCUCAGCCGCAGAUUGGUUGAGAGCUCAAAUUUCCAAGCAAAUUAAGCUUUCGCAGACUGAAACGAAAAGCAAGGUGGGGAUGAUUUUUAGUCCACCGGUUUUCGACGUCGCAAGGAACACCAUGAACCUUGUGUACAAUCAGUCGCUCCUUUGGCUUGGCUUUUUUUAUUGUCCAUUUCUGCCGCUCAUCGCAGUUGCGAAAUAUUUCGUGACGUUCUUCUUUAACAAGUACGAAUUAUUAUUGGUGUGCGAUAAGCAGAGACAGAAAAUGUGGAGAGCUGCGCAAGCAAACUCCGUGUUCCUUGGACUAGCUUUCUCUUCAAAUCUGAUCACCAUGGCUUUCUUAUUCUAUUCCAUGUCUACGUUCCCUUCAUCAGGCUCUUGUGGUCCUUUUGUCGCCCUGAGAUUUUCAGGAGACCUGGUCGUGGAUAUCCUGGACGACUGGGACAAAUCCUCAGACUUUCUUUUGUCCGUGCUCGUAUUUUUGCAGGGCAGUUGGCCGAAAGCUGUGGCCUUCAUGAUAAUUCUAGCAUUCCUGUUCUAUUUGAGGGAAGUGUGCGAAGGGCAUCGACAAAUCACGGAGAGGUUGAUGACUCAAUUAAAGGAGCUUCGGUCUGAUAAAGCCUAUUUUUUUAAGGAGAUUGAGAAGCAAUACGCGUUACGUCGGGGUUUGCCAAAUGCGAUGACUCGUGAAGAUUUGAAUAAUUUCGGAAGAAAAUCUUAUAUCCGAGGGCUUUCGAUGGAUGAAUCCCGCAACAGUUUUACGUCACGAGAAUCGUUUCUACCUGGUCGCAUUCGCGGUCAAGGUGAUGCAGAAUUGAUUCCCAUGCAGCACAUGAGACCUGUGGAAGCUGCAGAGACUGAGGUGUUGGUUACCCUACAGGAUCAUGAUGAGGAAAGUGAUGAGGAAACCGGGCCAGGUAUUGCCUCUACUCCUGCUGCUGGCCAUAAUCCUGAGUGGAAUCCGCGAUUGAUCCAGAGUUGGCGGGUUUGCGGACAAAUGCGCCAGCUGGAGCCAGAAGUCGGAGACUGUGGUCGCCGAGAAAGCGUUGAGAGGGUGCUUAUUGUAGCUGCGAUUGUGAAGAUUCGUUUUGAAACUCGUGUGGCUGUGCUUUGUGUUUUUGCGAUUAGAUUCAAGGUUGUAGUGGCUGUAGGAGUUGAUGAAAACUCAGUCGACAACCAAAUGUUUCAGACGGCGAAUAAGGCCGGCAUCGGCUAUUCAACCUUCGACGGAAUGAAUACCCCACGAUUCAACCCUUACUUGAGUAAUAACUCUUCCCCAUCAGAUGACGGACGUUCGUCUCCCGAAAGCAUUCGUGAAAUGCUGCCUGUGUCAUACGCGUCUGUGGAAGACUACAUCCGUGUAACAAACGACAUUUACAGUCACCCGAGUGUCACUUCUCAACGUAACUUUCAUCCAGAACCUACUUCGUCUUCGAUGAUGAGAAAUUAUUCUGUUGCGCCGUCAGCCCCAAGUUUUGUUGUUGUGCCAGAUCCUCGGAAAGUGUCAAAACCUGCCGGCAGUGUUUUGCUUCGUCGCACCAAUAAUAACUUGCCGAGAUCGCCUGAUGUGAUUCUGCCCACGAAAGCAACAGUGCAGCCGCAGCAACAAGGAUGGAAUUCUGCGCAGAAUUCCAUCCCCAGCAGGUUUGGCAGCAAUCAUGGGAACAUUGGACAAGAUGAUGGAUUGAAUUCUGCGCGCAGCGGAAGUGCUCUUCUGAGACGAACAAAUAAUGCUGCAUCUCAUCGCAGAUUUUAG